AUGGAAAAAGAAACAGUAGCAGAUGAAGCCGAUAGCGGCUUAGAGUUUUUUAGAAGUAUGUAUGAUAAGUAUAGAGAUGCAUUCCUUGAGCAUAUAAGCGAACUUGCAUUAAAGGAUCAUAUAAAAGAACAUAUUUUAAAAUAUUACAAAGUGUUAUUUGACUAUAAUUGUUUAGGAGGGAAAAAUAAUAGAGGCAUUUUAGUUAUAUUAAUUUAUGAGUAUGUGAAAAAUAGAGACAUUAAUAAUUCAGAAUGGGAAAAAGCAGCAUGUUUAGCUUGGUGUAUAGAAAUAUUACAGGCAUCUUUCUUAGUUGCAGAUGAUAUUAUGGAUAAAGGAGAAACUCGGCGAAAUAAGCAUUGCUGGUACCUUUUAAAAGAUGUUGAGACAAAAAAUGCAGUAAACGAUUGCCUUCUUUUGUCGAAUGCCAUCUACAAAAUUAUUGAAAUAUACUUAGGAAACGAUCCAUGCUAUAAUAAUAUAAUUGCAGCAUUUAGAGAUACAGUUUUAAAAACAAUAAUUGGUCAACACCUUGAUACAAACAUAUUUUCUAAUAAAUAUGCAGAUCCAAACAAUGGUGUCGACAUAAAUAAUAUUACCAUUCCAGAACAAGCUACGAUAAAUACCAAGAUGAUCAAUUUUGAUGUUUACAAAAAUGUAGUUGUUCAUAAAACUGCAUAUUAUUCUUUUUUUUUACCAAUUUCAUGUGGUAUGCACUUAUCUGGAAUAGCGACGGAUAACUUACUAUACAAAAAAAUAGAAGACAUUUCUAUUAUGAUGGGGGAAUAUUUUCAAGCACAUGAUGAUUACUUGGAUAUUUAUGAAGAUUUCACCCAAACGGGAAAAAUAGGAUCGGACAUUCAAAACAAUAAAUUAACUUGGCUAUUAAUAAAGACCUUCGAAUUAUGUUCCGAAUCAGAUAAGGAAAAAAUAAUAAAAAAUUACGGAAAAAAUAAUGUAGCAAGUGUUAAAAUUAUUGAAAGUAUAUAUGAGAAAUAUAAUAUUAAAGAGCACUACAAUAAAUAUGAGCAAGCCCAAAAGGAAAAAAUAAUAAACGCUAUAAGCAAGCUACAGCAUGAAGGCAUAGAGUAUGUACUAAAGUACAUAUUGGAUAUAUUGUUUACAGGUGCAUAA